AUGACAAACUUAGAAAACAUCUGCGGUAAAUUUAACUCUUCAAUAGAGAAUAUGAAACUUAUAGUAUGUAACGAACUUCAAAGUAUAGAUACAACAAAAGUUUUGAACUCAGAUGCUUUGAAGAGUCUUAUAACAGACAAAGUUGGAGUUGUUGAAAGAAAAUAUAAAGACCAAAGAGUUUGUGAAAAUGUUGCAAAUUUCAUUAUGGUUUCAAACAAUGCUGUUCCGAUGAAGUUAGAAAGUUCUGACAGAAGAUAUGUAGUUGUCAGAACGUCAGAAGCUCAUAUGCAAGAUACAGAAUAUUUUGACGACUUAGCAGAAACUUUGACACCUGACUUUUACAACCACUUGUUCUCAUAUUUCAUGACAUUAGAUAUUUCAAAGUUCAAUCCAAGACAAAUUCCACAUACCGAAGAGAGACAAACAUUGUUAGAAGCAAACAAGAGUGUAUAUGAACUGUUUAUAGAUGAGACUAACUUUGAGUGUUUAGAUGAAAGGUCAUUGUACGAUUCGUAUAAACAGUAUUGUCAAGAAUAUGGUUAUAUGACAGCGUCUAAACGAACAUUCUUGGCAAAUGUCAAAAGUCUUUUAGACGUACAGAAUGGUGUAUAUACAAAGAAAAAUUUUUAUGAGUAA